AGCGUGCCGCGCCAAAGGUUACAUGAGAGAGAGAGAGAAGGCUUGGUGGGUGGAGCGGGUGAGAGAGAGAGAGAGAGAGAGAGAGAGAGAGAGAGAGAGAGAGAAGGCUUGGUGGGUGGAGCGGGUGCGUGUGCUUGUGGUGAGGAUAGGGAGGGAGAGGCGUGGGGUGUGGGGUGAGUACUGGAGGGGGGGUAGAGAUAGAAAAAGAAAGGGGAGAGGGGAUGGAUCGUGCGCCGAAGCUGUGAUUGAGCGGGCGAUACGCAGGGGACGAGAGCGGAAGCGGAGAAAGGCUCAGGUAGCGGGGGGCGGGGGGGAAGAGGUGGAGGGAGAACGCCAUAGCUGAGGAGGAGAAAGUAACCCGCUAGAAGGAAACGAUGGCGUCUUCGGCCUCCAUAGCUGUGCGACAAAUGCGGUCGCGCAUGGCGUCUGUUGUUCGCCGCACUGGUGCAGCGACCUCUUCCCUCCAAUCGCCUCUCUCCGCGCCGGCUGUCGUCUCCCGAUGCCUCGUCCAUUGCGACGAUCUACUUCAGCAGCAGCGAUUUUAUGGGUCGGCUGUUACAAACGAGGAGGCAUAUUCGCGUGUGGAGAAGUCUCAUGCCACGUGGCCCAGACAGCUGAAUACCCCCCUCUCCGAGCUCGACCCAGAGAUAUGGGAUAUCAUUGAGAAGGAGAAGAACCGUCAAUGGAAGGGGCUGGAGCUAAUCCCAUCUGAGAACUUCACCUCUCUGUCUGUUAUGGAAGCAGUUGGGUCUGUGAUGACCAACAAGUACAGCGAGGGUUAUCCCGGUGCUCGAUACUAUGGAGGCAAUGAUCUUGGCCACAGUAUCUUCGUGAGGAGUCUCAGAGAGUGGCUACGGGUGUCAUUCCCACAGGCUGCUGUUUUGGAGCACAUGGAAGAAAUUAGCGCUUCCAGGGUGUUUGAAGCAGUAGCGCUCCUUGUGUUGCGUGGAGAUCUUGUUGAGUUUGGUUACUUUGUAAAUGUUCAGUCACUAUCAGGGUCGCCGGCGAAUUUCCAAGUCUAUACAGCACUGCUCAAGCCACAUGACAGAAUCAUGGCACUCGAUCUCCCCCAUGGUGGUCACUUGUCGCAUGGAUAUCAGACCGAUACGAAGAAGAUUUCUGCUACGUCUAUCUUCUUUGAGACGAUGCCUUAUCGACUGGACGAACAGACAGGGUACAUUGACUACGAUCAGAUGGAGAAGAGUGCUGUCCUAUUCAGACCAAAGCUGAUUGUUGCAGGGGCAAGUGCCUAUUCCAGAAACAUUGACUACGAGCGCAUGAGGAAGGUUGCAGACAAGCACAAGGCAGUACUUCUUGCUGAUAUGGCGCACAUCAGCGGUCUUGUCUCUGCGGGGGUUGUUCCCAGCCCGUUUGAGUAUUCGGACAUCGUCAUGACAACAACCCACAAGUCGCUCCGUGGCCCUAGGGGAGCAAUGAUAUUCUUCAGAAAAGGAGUCAAAGGAGUCGACAAGAAUGGCAAGGAGAUCAAAUACGACUUUGAGGAGAAGAUCAACUUUUCUGUCUUCCCAGGUCUCCAGGGUGGGCCUCACAAUCACACCAUAGCUGGGUUGGCUGUGGCUCUGAAGCAGUGUGCUACGCCAGAGUACAAGGCUUAUCAGAAGCAGGUGGUUGAAAACUGUGCACGCUUUGCGAAGGCUCUAAUCGCACGGGGUUAUGACCUGGUCUCUGGGGGCACAGACAACCACUUGGUACUUGUCGACCUCAAGAAGAAGGGAGUUGAUGGCUCAAGAGCGGAGCGAGUGAUGGAAUUGGCCCACAUUGCUGCCAACAAGAACACGGUCCCCGGCGAUGUGAGCGCUAUGGUACCUGGAGGUAUCCGAAUGGGUAAGCCUGUCAUUUUCUACAGCCUUCAUUGGAGAAAACAAGUGACUUGAAAAGGAAAGCAAGAGAAACCAGAUGGGAGGAGAGGUCGAAGCUGUGAUCCAUUAUUGAUUUUUUUUUUCUUCUUUUUUUUUUGCCUUUUUUUGGAAGAAAACCAGGCCCGGACCCACUAGAGCAGGUGCUACCAGCACCCUCCUCUAUUGCGGCACCUGCUGGAAACCGGGUCCAGCGUCCCUUUUACGACAUGUUUCGUGCAGACGCUGGGAGCAUUACCCAGCUUCGCUGUCUCUUUUUUUUUUUUUUUUUUUUUAAGCAAGGCUCCGAUCUAUUCGUGGGGAGCAGCACAUGCUGGGAACCGGGCCCAGCCAUUGUUCCAUACCAUAUUCAAUA